UCAUUUCCCCGCCCCCGAAUUCCUGCCAUUUCUCAAGGAAGGAAGCUGAGAGGAAAGUUCCGAAAACACUGGCGACAGACGCGCAACUUAUACCCAACUUUGCGCUGACAGUACAAAAUUAACUCCGGAUAGCGAUCUGACGUGUUAUUUGACGCAUACGCUGACGAAUAGUCUUUUGUGGAGCCUUUGAAGCGACGCAGCGCUUGACGCUUUACUACAGACGCAGAUCAAGCAAUGGAAAUAAUGGGGAGCGGGGAACCGUUUUUACAAUGGGACAAAAAUCUCAGCGAACUGUCCGAACCCGGGGAUAGCGAUAUUUUAUACAGCACUCACUUCUCCGAGCUGCUGGAUGAUCUGUCCCAAGAGGCUUUGCUGGGGCAGUUGUUAAGCGACCCGUUCCUGUCCGGCCGUGAUGAUGCUAUGGACACAGAGGAUGAUCUGACCCCUGUGUCUCCAGUGCCGCCACACAUUCAAGCCGAACACAGUUACUCUCUGUGCGGAGACUCGCGCCCACAGUCGCCCCUGUCCCAUCUGCCCGGAGAGCCUGGCAGCGACGCCGGUGAUACAGACAAUGAUGAGUGGCCCAUGGAGCAGGAAGAUAAAGGGCUGAAGAUGGAGCCUCUGCUGUGUGACCCGUCGCCCGUCCUGCUGCCCUAUGUGCACCUCACUCUGACCCCCGAGGGUCCUGUCUUUGACCCCGUGACUGACGCCCCACUGACCCUCCCUCAGGCCACACAGGUUAAAGCGCUCGGCGUGAAGGAGGACAGCGAGAGUCUCAUCCCUCAGAUUAAACUGGAGCCACACCAGGUGGAUCAGUUCUUAAACCUCUCACCCAAAGGCCUGGAGUCUCUGCAGAUGCCACCGACUCCUCCCAGCUCUCACGGCAGCGAUUCGGAGGGCAGUCAGAGUCCGGUUCACCCCUGUGCUCCUGCCAGUCCCACACAGACCCCCGCUGUCCUCAAGGUGGCGCCAAGACCCCCGUCUUCCCUCUCCAGCUCUCCUCUGCUGACGGCACCUCAUAAACUGCAGGGCUCCGGUCCUCUCCUGCUGACGGAGGAGGAGAAACGCACGCUCAUCGCUGAAGGAUAUCCGGUGCCCACCAAACUGCCCCUGUCCAAAGCUGAGGAGAAAGCACUGAAGAAGAUCCGCAGAAAGAUCAAGAACAAGAUCUCCGCACAAGAGAGCCGCAGGAAAAAGAAAGAGUACAUGGAUGUUUUAGAGAAGAAGGUGGAGACAUGCUCCAAUGAGAACAGUGAGUUGCGCAGGAAAGUUGAAACACUGGAGUGCACCAACAAGUCUCUGCUGCAGCAGCUGCACUCGCUGCAGGUGGCGGUGGCAGGAAAGGUGCCGCGCUCCUGCCGGAUGACGGGAACCCAGACCUCCUCAUGCCUCAUGGUGGUGGUUCUGUGUUUUUCGGUGUUCUUGGGGAGUUUCUACCAAGGCCUGAGUCCCUGUUCCUCUGUCACGAAAACAGAUCUGAGCAGAGAGAUCUCCAUACGGGACUCGUACACCACUACAGUGAGGUCCCGGAACCUGUUGUCCAUUCCGGAGCACGGGGGUCUGGACGAGCCUCAUCCCAUUGGUCUGGGCGGGGAUUAUCCUGAAUGGGAUCAUCAGGCUGAUGUAAUGGUGGCUUGGCGUAUAGAACAGCAGCACAAACAGGAACAGGCGGAGCUACCAAAAGCAGAGCCCCGCCCACUUAUACUAAUCACCAAUGAAACACGAGCGCAGAAGUCCAUUGUCAUAGACCUGCACUCACACAGGUCAGAUAAGUGGUCAAACGAGACGGCUAGAGUCACAGAGUUGGAAAGGACCGUCAACGAGACGUCCUGAGAUCCCUGCAGCGACGGGGCGAUAGGCUUCAUAUUUAUAGUGCUAUUUUACUUAGAUCGCCUUUUUUUUUUUUUUUUUUUUUUU